CCUGAAGCCGCUGAUUGCUCGGUGCGCUUGCGCAUACGUACGAAUGACGUCACCGAAUUUCGCAGAGAAUCUGUAUACUGGUAUAGGCUGCUGGGAGAGUAGGUGGAUUCUGCUGUUUCCGACUAGUUGUUACGCCUGUGCAUAGAAGUACUUUUACGACUGAGAAAAAUGGAUUUAGAAUGAGAGUAGGGGCUGGGCAGAAACACUAAGCAAAUACAAAAUUGUGACCAGUUAGAUACACUCGUUGUACAAUACACACAAAAUGUUCAUCUGGGUAUGAGGUCAUUGUAGGGUGUGGGGCUGAAUCGUACCAGGCAGAUUGAGAGAGAGAAUUUGUACACAAAUCCCAGAGCUGGAAAGCAGAGAGGAAGUCAGGAGACGACGGCUAAGGCGAAAGAAGAGGUGGAAAACCCCAAAUAGUCAAGCUGGGGGCAGCAGCCCUGACUACUUGUAUUUGUACAUGAUGAGGUCGAUAUUCUCCCCUUGCGCUUCUACCCACUGGUUUCUUCUAGUCUUUGCCCUGUGCAUGAUUCUGCUGGGUACCUGCGCCAGUUCUUUCAUAAACCUACCUACAGAAAAUGUCUUUAGAAGACCAUCUAAUUUGAAGAUGGAUCAGGCAUUGCUACUUAUUAACAAUGCUUUACAUCAUGAGGGAUUUGUUGUCUACUGGAGAUCUGACCAGUGCUACCAGUGCCUGUAUCAGACUUUAGUAAGAAUCGGGGCAACCGAGGAAAAUGGAAACCAAGUAGCUACAGUUAUUGAAACUCAGCAUCCCGUUACUCUAAUAUUGAAUGACACUUCAGGACAAAAGGAACUCUGCCAAAUGCACUAUCACUUUAGGGAAUUUGGUAACUAUUCAUUGUGGGUGAAGAACAACCUUUCUAGUAGUGAUAAUGUAACAUGUGAAAUAAUUAUUAACCAAAAUCCUGCCUACAGUUACAUACCAAUUCUCAUUGCUGUCCUUAUCUAUAUGGGCAUUAUUAUAAUUGUGUCUCUGGGAAAGUUUCUGUUAAGACUUAAUCUUGUCCGAAAUUGGUUGUAUAAAAAGAUGAACCCCAUUGAAACGGACCGUCUUGUUAAUUCGGAACUGGGUUCCCCUAACAGGGCAGAUCUCUCUUGCCAGGAAACAUAUUCAAGAGCUUGGAAUCCUCCAGUUCAAAGACUUCGUUCACUGGACACUUUUAGAGGGCUUGCUCUUACAAUCAUGGUUUUUGUCAAUUACGGUGGAGGAAGCUAUUGGUUCUUCAAACAUCAGAGCUGGAAUGGUUUGACCAUAGCAGAUCUGGUUUUUCCAUGGUUUGUGUUUAUUAUGGGAACAUCAAUUUAUCUUUCCUUGAAUUCCAUGCUACAAAAAGGCAGCUCCAAGUGGAAUCUGUUUGGAAAAGUGUUGUGGAGGAGUGUUCAACUGUUUCUUAUUGGUUUAUUUGUGAUAAAUGAAAACUAUUGCCGUGGUCCUUUAUCUUUUAGUGAAAUUCGUAUUAUGGGUGUUCUACAGCGACUCAGCCUCACAUAUCUAGCAGUUUCUGUUUUGGAAUUAAUCUUCGCCAAACCAACAUCUAUUGCAAUGACACAGAACCAAACAUGUUUACUGUUGCAAGAUGUACUUUCACACUGGCCUAACUGGAUUGUAAUAUUGGCAUUAGAAGCAGUAUGGCUGUGUUUGACUCUGUUGCUACAAGUUCCAGACUGUCCUUUAGGGUAUUUGGGACCUGGUGGAAUUGGAGAUUUUGGAAAAUUUCCUAAUUGUACAGGUGGUGCAGCUGGUUAUAUUGAUCGUACAAUCCUGGGACAAGAGCACAUUUAUCAACAUCCAACAUCCAAUGUUAUUUUUAAAUCAACAAUGCCGUACGACCCAGAAGGGCUACUGGGAACUAUCAAUUCUGUAGUGAUGGCUUUUUUUGGCCUUCAGGCUGGGAUAGUACUUGUAUUUUACAAAAAUCAGCACAAAUCUGUGUUAGUGAGAUUUUUUUCAUGGGCCAUUAUCAUGGGUGUUCUGUCAGCGGUUUUAACAAAAUGUUCUACAAAUGAAGGGAUCAUUCCGGUGAAUAAAAAUCUCUGGUCUAUCUCAUAUGUCACUACCCUUAGCUGCUUUGCCUUCUUCCUUUUAAUGAUCAUAUAUUUCCUAGUGGAUGUAAAGAAAUUAUGGUCCGGGGCUCCAUUUUACUAUCCAGGGAUGAACUCUAUACUGAUAUAUGUUGGCCAUGAAGUGUUUGAAAAUUAUUUCCCAUUCAAAUGGAAGAUGCAAGACAGUCAGUCACAUGGCGAGCACCUGACACAGAACUUGCUGGCUACAUCCCUCUGGGUACUGAUCUCCUAUAUCCUGUAUAGAAAAAAGAUUUUUUGGAAAAUCUGAGAACGUUUCAAUUACUUUUAAGUAUUUGUGCCACCCUUAUAGAUAUCCCAUUUUCUAAAAAAUAUUUUAUUUCCAAACGCUAUUUUAGCUGUGGCAGUAUAUUUAUAUUUUUCUUUGCAUGAACGUGAUAUUAUCAGGCAGAAAAUACUGUUAGAGGGGAAAACUGUGCUUAUAAACUUAUCAUUGUCCAUUCACAGUUCUUGCUUCCCACUAACAAGAAAUUAUCAUUGUCUAAUCUCCCAAAAGUGCUGCAUUUAUUGGGAAGGGAACAACAAUGAUCACUUCACAAUACAUUUUUGAGGGAAUCGCUUCUAUUCUGCACUUUUUCAUUUUUUGUUUGUGGUUAUUGGCCCAUUUACCAGAUGAAUACAGAUACAUCCAUUGCUGAAAUAGAACUGUUACUCAGCUUUGUAGCAUCAAAGAAGAAGGAAAGUCACAAUCAUUGGGGGUUCCAAAAAUUACCACCCCCGCAGUUAUUGCAUUCCCUUAUCUGAUACCCUGGGACAGUGCUCCUAUCAGCAGAAAACUGCACCGGCCCAGGAUUCUUCUCAUCGAGCACCAUGGAGCCAUCCUCCUGCUUAAUCUUUCUUCAAGUGGGUGCACAUGCUCAGUACAUUGAAAAGCUGUACUUUAACAAAAAAGCAGGCCCUGGGGUAGCAAAGAAAGAACAAGCAACAAGAGGGUUGCUCCAUGGCGCUUGCUUAGAAGAACUCCGGACCAGUGCAGUUUUAUGCUGAUAGGCUUCAGGUAAUUGAAUAGAAUCACUGAGGAGAGCCUAACUUUUGGCACCCCUCCCCCAGUGAUUACGACUUUUCUUCCCUUUUGAUUGCAAUGGUAAUCAAUAUGAUUAGGGCUAUCCUUCUGAGAGUGGAAGAAAGCUUUAACCCAGCACUGCUCUUAAUUCUCUUCAAGUUAUGCUACAUAACCUGUGCCUCCAGCUGGAUGCUACUGAACUUCAAGAAUGUCAAAGUGCUAAAUUCUGAUAUAUUGUACAUAGUAGAUUUUUUUAAACAUUAAGCCACAUUGCAAAAAUGCAUAUUAUGUAUUACAAUGCGUAGGUGAACCCUUUCAGUGCAGGUGAUUGACACAAGAUGUGCACAAACUGCCAUGAAACCUUUUUUACAUUUUUGUGCUCUUUUGGAGAGUUCGGAAAAGUAAGCAGGAAUCAGCCUUUUGUUGCCUCGUUGUACCAUUUGUUCAAGCACAAAAAUUAUUAUAAUCCUGGGCAUGGUACUCAAAUCUAGUUUUCAAAUAUAUAGUGAUUCUUUUUUUUUGGAGUAAAUGAUGUGCUUUUAUACUUUAAGCUGUUGCUCAGCAACAAAAUUUGCAGUAAAAAAAUAAAUUCCUGAUACUGAUAUUGGUUAUAUGCUACCACAGCUGGCCAUAAGGUGUCAUCCUGUGGGAUUUCAUUCCUAGUAAUGCCAUGAUCAUGAUCAGUGUACUACAGCUACUGUUAGCUGGGAAUAUUUCACACGUUUCAAUACUAAUUUUUGUAGAAAUUACCCACUGCCAGGCUGCAAUGUUAUGUAAGCUCUAGGGCUAUACACUAGUGGCGGGUGGGUUGACAACAAUUUGACCCACACUCGGGCAGCACCUCUAUUUAAAAACCGCGCCCAACCCGCCUGUCGCUGAUGCGGGGCAGGCGCAUGCCUAUAAAUUGAGGCUGACGCAGCCAAAAGCUGACAGGUCGUGGGCAGGGGAGAGUGGAAAAAGAGCUCAACCCUCAGAAUGUGUGUCGUAAAGCUGCGGGUGUCAGCCCUCCCAGCACAUCACUACACACUACAUACACUGUCGAUAUUCCACACUUAGCGCAUAGUUAUUAUUCUGUGUAAAACAAAAUUUGCAGAAAAAAAACAGUAUAAAAAGCUUUGUAAAAAUCAUGAAAUCAUCAAGGUGUGUGUGUAAUUGUACAUGGCAUACAAUUACACAUACCUUGAUAAAUUUGCCAGUUAUUUAAAACGCCAAAUUUGUCGCCAUUAUUUUAUAUUGCUUCCGGCAGAAGUUACUCAAAAAAGUGCAUAAAAAUUUGACACUGUUUUUUACGCGGUGAAGCCUGGCUAUGCGUGGUGUAUUGUCCUGCAGUUUUUUUUGUUUUAUUUGUACACAGCAUAAUAAAUAUACUCCGUUUAAUGCACUUACCCAGUGGAGUUAUGGGGAAUACUUACUAUAAGGGACAGAUGUUUUGUGAAUGUUUUUUUUUUAGCUGCAAAUAACAGUAUGUCUGCAUUUUGUGGCCACUGGGGGGGAAGCACUCUCUGGUUGGUAUUACCAGGAAGGGAACUUCAUGUGACUUUCUGAUCAACUAAUACAUAAUCGGUUAACUGCAUUUAUGUUUUGCAUUGUGUUUAUGAACACAAAUGUGAUUGUUAAACAUCAGGCAGUUAUAUGACUGAUUAUUAUCUGAUUACUAUUUAACAGCAGUACCUCCACUUAUGAAUACUCCUCUCAAAAGUGCAUAUAAUGAGGAACCAAUAUGGCCCAUUUAUGGAAACCAAGAAAGUUCCUUUCUUUUUUCCUUGCUAUUAGCAAUGUAAUGUGGUAAUAAAUAUAAAGCUUGUUGAUAAGUUUGCUGUUAUAUAUAGUGAGGAAAUAUUCAAUAAAUAUUCUAUACAAAAAAACAAGGACCAAAGUAUUGGGAUCUCUUUAACAGCUUUCUUAUGAAACCAAAAGGGGAUCUAGAGCAGUUGGAGGUGCACAGAUGCAAAUACCUUAUGGGAUUUAUGUAAUGAAAGGAGAAAUAUUUUCUACAGGUCUAAUCAAUUAUAGUAACCAAUCAGCAGGUAGCAUUUACUGGACAUAGUAAAGGGUUAAUGCAACGGGGUUACUGCUCCUGGCUAAACUUUCUUCCUUACAUACACAGGGUUGCAGCCUACAUUUUUGGCAUUUCUGAAACUUUUCUGUAACCAAAUAUAUGUGCUUGACAGUUAAAGGGUUAGUUUACCUUUAGUGUACCUUGGAGUAUGAUGUUGACUGAUAUUCUGAGAUGAUUUGCAAUUGGUCUAUAUUUAUUAUUCUUGUGUUUUUUUAAAUUAUUUAGCUUUUUGUUCAGCAGCUCUCCAGUUUGGAUUUUCAGCAGCUAUCUAGGUCAGUGACCCCCCCCAUUUGAAAACUGGCAAGAGGCAGAAGAGAAAAGCAAAUACAAUAGAACCCCCAUUUUACAGGGGACCAGAAAAAAAUGGUGUAGAUUCAGGAACAUGUAAAAUCAGGGAAAUAUAUUAUGCAUAAUAUAUAGGUGGGACCACAAAACAACAAUGUAAAAUGAGGGAAAACUUAAAAUUAGGAUAUGUAAAAUGGGGGUUCUACUGUAAUCCAGGACUCUGUGCUGUUAGUGCCUUAUGUAGCUAGCAUCAGAAGGCCAUAAUGAUGUUCAGAUUAGGAAAGUGAUAAACUGUUGAAUCAAAAUUGGCAAUGUGAUUGUGUUCUUCAAAUGAUGAUCCAGCCUAGGCAUGAUAUUGGGGUUAGCCCCAAAGUACAACUCUUAAACAGCGUCUGCUUAAUUGUUCUACCCACAGGUAUUGAAUAUCUUCACAUGGGCAUGGCGAUGAUAGCAUCUCUUUACUAACUGCACAUUCCAUUUGUAAUAAAACUAAGGUUUACUAAUAUCCCAACCUGUCAGACAAAAGGGACCAUGAUUCUGUUUUAUUUUAUAACUUCAUUCAGAUUUGUAAUUUGAUUUUGAAUAAAUGUAUUUUUAUUGGCUCUGAUUUUGUAAAAUAAAGUUCAUUUAAUAUUG